AUGGCUGGAAAUACAGGGAACUCUUCCUCCUCCACUACCGCUCCUUAUUUUAAUGGUGAAGGUUACAACCUAUGGAGCUUAAAAAUGGAGACCUUACUCCUCUCAAGGAAGCUUUGGGGAGUAGUUGACAAAGGUUUUGAUGAAGAAGAUGAUGAUGUUCAGAGUCUAGAAGACAAUGUCCAAAAGAAUGCCAAAGCACUAUUUCUAAUGCAACAGGCAUUGGAAGAAAGAAUCUUGAUUAGGAUUUCAGGAACAAGAGUGGCAAAGAAGGCAUGGGACAUUCUCAAAAAGGAGUAUCAAGGAUGUUCCAAAAGCUCAGCUGCAAAGCUUCAUUCCUAUCGACAGGAGUACGAGAAUCUUCGGAUGAAGAAUGGGGAAUCAGUGCAAGACUACAUAAGCAGAGUAUUAACUACUGCUUAUCACAUUCAAGCACUUGGUGAAGAACUUGAUGAGAAGGCUAUUGUUGGUAAGAUCCUUCGUAGCCUCUCACUAAAGUUUCGUCACGUUGUUUCAUCCAUUAUAGAAGCUAACGACCUUUCAAUACUCACGGUCGACGAGCUCAGCAGAUCUCUAAAAGGGCAUGAAGGGAGACUUGACAUGGAGUCUGACCAAGUAGAGGUGAAAGCCUUCCACAUCAAAGGAGAAGGUUCUUCAAGUAACUCCACUGAUAAUGCAGGUAGAGGCAAAGGCCAUGGAGGUUUCAGAGGAAGAGGGAGAGGAAGAAGAAGAGGCCGUGGUUUGAGAAGAAGGAUGCUUAUGUUGAUGGUCAAAAAAAUAAGGCCCACAUCCAAUGCUAUAAUUGUAAGAAGUACGGCCACUACAAAUCACAGUGUUGGCACAAGGAGGGUGUAG